CCGGCAGUGCACAAAAAGCCCCCGGCAGAGAUGGGGAGCAGGAGGCAGCCUGAGAAGAGCCCAGAGCAGCACUGCCGGAGCUGUGGGAGAGGAGCCAUGGAGCAGUACUUCUCAGCCACCCAGAAGAUGGAGCAGGAGGUGAUGUUCCCCAGCCUGCUCCGAGGGGUCUUCCCGCAAGAGGAGGGGGCGGCCCCAGCCGCAGGCAGCCACACGGACCUCUAUGAGCGCUACCAGCUGCUCAAGGCCAUCAAGCCCAUGGUGGAGAAAGGCCUGGCCUCUGUCAAUGACCAGAGCCUGACCGGUGCCGACAGCGACACGGACACAUCCUCGGACAGCAACGAGGCUGUGGACGCCCAGCUGGAGGAGCGCCUGUCCCACCACCUGACGGGCUUGCAGCAGGUCCUCACCCACCUCACCAGGGACACCAACGCCCUCACCCGGAGGUACAGCCAGAUCCUGGAGCAGAUCAACCUCAGCGAGGGGCAGCCCAGCUGGUGACCCUGUCCUGGCCACCAGCUGCCGUUGCAGGAUGAGUGCUGGUGUCCCAGAGUGGAAGACGUCCCAUCACUGAACAUCGCAGGCUGCUCCCCGCUCCCACUCGCCCUCCUCGCACUGUGGCAGCUGAUCUCCCAGCUCUGGCAUUGACACUGGAGAACCAGAUGAUGCCUUAUCCUCAUAGGAAGAAGCAUCUGGCUGUGCUGGGAACUCCACUGGAAGAGCUGCAGACUCGUGCCCUCCUCUUUAUUUUCAAAGAGCAGCACAAAGGUGGUGGUGUUGUGCGAUGGCCCCAACCUCCAACAGUCCCUUGCAACUGCUGAGCCCUUUUCCAGCUGGUACCUGGACUCCAAGGGUAUUUCCCCCAGUGUUUGCUAAUAAAAGAAGCCCUGUGAAGCCA